AUGGAAUCAAGAAAAAUGAAGACAAAUUUAACUUCAUGUCCUCCUUCGCCAUUACCAAAUCCUCCGUCAACUUCAGUCUUUAAGGACUUGUCGAAUUUCAAAACCCCAAAUCAGGCCUCACGAACCCUUAGUUUCCAGUCUAGUCCUUAUUCCAAGCAACCCAAGUUCUUCACUGCCUCAAAAAACACCCCCGUCUCCCAUUCACGACGCGGCUUGAAAACCUCAUCUUUGAAAUCAAAGACGGCACAGAGAUUGAAGGCAUUUGAGCUCGAGCAAUCCAAGUCGGCCAGGAAGGUCCAAAUCGAAAAGGAAAAAUCACUUCAAUCACUUGCAAGAUCGCUCACCGUAUGGCUGAAUUUUUUGUUUGAAAACCCUGGUUCCUGUGGUUGCAAUGUUUCGGGGUUCACGGGAGAAGUUGACGGGUCUGGAGGGGGUGCAGGUGACGCCAUGGAGAUCUUAGUUAACAACGGGAAGAGGGACAUCAUGCCGGUCCGUGGAGUGGGAGUUGACGGGCCUUGGCGAGGUCCAAAGAGGCAGAAAGAUUCAUCGUGGAGAGGCAUGGGUAGUGCAGAAGGGGGUGAUGCUGGAUUUUCCAAUUCUUUGUAUUCAGGGUUGAGGGCUUCUUUGCGAGAUAUUUGUAGCUUCGAGGAUUUAAAGGAGAGAAUGAGGGUUUACUUGAGUUUGGGUAGUUGUAAAGAGAUUUUCGAGACAAUGACACAAGUAACAAAGAAUAUUGAUGAAGGCAGGCUAAAAAUGAGGGCAAGUUGCCCCAUAGUUAGUGAUGUAAGGAUGAAGGAAAAAGCCUUGAGAAUUCUAAUGUGCUACAACCCAAUUUGGCUUCGGAUUGGGUUAUACAUUAUCUUGGGCGGUGACUCAUUAUUGGCAAAUGCUAAUGUCAAUUCCGAGCAAGAGAUUGUGUUCUUGAGGAUGGUAAUUGAUAAACAAUUCUUCUCACACAGUGGAUUAGCCAAAGCCUAUGCUUACAACAAGUCAGUUGAGGGGUUAUAUAGACCAGGUUACUAUGAAAAUUUGGGGAAUGUAAUCUUGAAGAGAUUAUUAUUACUUGUUAUCAUACUUGAUAGAGCAAAAUCUCAAACCAGUCUCCCCCUUAAAUACGGUAUUGAUGGACUGGAUGGUGGAUCUCCUUUAUUGUUCUCUUUGAAAUCAAAUAUUAAAUCAAGCCGUCAAGUGCUCAAUGAUGUUUUGUCAUCUGAUGUGAUGCAUGGGGAAGGAAAUCUUCUUGCACAUCUUGUAAUUGUCGGGUAUAAAGUAACUUAUCAACAGAGUCAUUUGAUCGAGUAUGAUUUCAAAGUCACAGAUUUAUUUGAAGAUCUGAAAGAUGGGAUCAGGCUUUGCAGAUCUAUUCAGCUCUUAAAACACGAUUCCUCCAUUCUCAUGAAAGUGGUGGUUCCAUCUGAUACCCUAAAAAAGAGAAUGGUUAAUUGUGGUAUUGCACUGCAAUAUCUAAAGGAGGCUGGUGUGUCGUUACUUGAUGAAGAUGGAGCAGAGAUUAUAGGAGAAGAUGUUGUAAAUGGAGACAAGGAGCUUACACUUUCCUUGCUAUGGAACAUGUUUGUUCACUUACAGUUGCCGCAAUUAAUCAACAAAACACUUUUGUCAGAAGAAAUCUCAAAGAUCCGGGGAGUUGUGGAACAAUCAAGCACCGAGAGUCUCUUGGACUUGCUUCUGAGCUGGGUUCAGGCUAUUUGUGAAAGUUACGAUCUCAAGAUUGAAAAUUACUCCUCCUUGUUGGAUGGAAAAGCCAUGUGGUGCUUGCUUGAUUACUACUUUCGCAAGGAACAUGACUGUUCAUGUUCUUUUAAGGACAUAGAUGCUACAACGAAUAAAGUUUCGAUUAUGUCAGCAAUUGAGUAUACAGAUGCAGUGCACAAUUUCAUUCUUACUCAAAAGUUAACAUCAUUAUUGGGAAACUUUCCUGAGGUUUUACAAGUCAGUGAUCUACUUGAACAUAAUGGUGCAUGUAAUGGCCGAAGCGUAGUUGUCCUCUUGGUGUUUCUCUCAUUUCAACUUCUAGUGAAAAGAAACACGGAUACACUAAAUUUUCAUAAAUUGUUGGGUUUCAACUGUCAGAGCCCAUACAGGAGGCGCUUAAGUACAGGGAGGUGGAGCAAUGAGGAAGAUAACAAUAGGAAUUUUAAGGCUAUAAUGACUUGGUGGCAAGACAUGGCUCGGCAAAACAAUAAGUGCAAUUUAACUCAGGCAACUCUUUCUCCACAUUGCCACUUGACUGGCAAAAGGGAUAGUAAUGUGCAAAGAGAAAAUGCUGCAACUAUAAUACAGUCUCACUUCAGGCGAUUAGUGCAACGUCGAAAUUAUUUGAGAAAAAGGGAUGCAGUUCUGGUUUUGCAAAAUGUCUUAUGGUCUUGGCUGUCAGUGAAGAAAAAAUUAUUUGUUAAGAAGGCCAAUGCAAGGAACACCCAAUCAUCAAUUUUUAGCAUGGAGCAUACAGAAAAUUUUGGAACAUAUAACGCCUUAAUGGUUGACAGAUAUUAUUUUGUCAACUUGAAAAAGUGUAUCAUAGUCAUUCAGCGCGCCACAAGGGCCUGGAUUUCUCGGAGGCAAUGCAGUGGAGACAGGCAUUAUUUUCUCACCUUGAAAAGGUCUAUUAUAAUCAUUCAGCAUGCAACAAGGGCCUGGAUUUCUUGGAGGCGCUGCAGUAAAGGUGCCAUGUGUAAGGAUUUGUCCACUCCAGGUCAUGUUAAUGCUAUCACUGUUAUUCAGAGAUGCAUUCGUGGAUGGAAUGCGAGGUCUGUGGUUGAUCAAAGAGUGAACGAGAAAAGAAAUGCUUCAGGUAUGUCCAAAGAAAAUGAAGUGACUGAUCUUCGUAUUAUAGCAGCAUUCACUAUUCAGCAUGCAUGGCAAAACUUCACCAGCCACAAAUUUGUCCGAAGUCAGAACUGUGCUGCAACUAAAAUCCAGAGUUAUUAUCGUGGUUGGUUGAUGAGAAAACACUUUGCAAAAAAGAAGCAAGCAGUUAUAACAAUUCAAAACAUUUUCAAGUGUUUAAAGUUCAGAAGGGAUUUCUAUCUUCACAGAAAGAAAAAUACGUCAGCAAUUAUUAUCCAAUCUCAUGCUCGUGGAUGGAUGGCACGGAAAUUUUUUUACAGGCAAAAGUCUCUUAUUGUUAUGAUGCAAAACUGUUGCCGUGGGUGGUUGCAAAGGAGUGAAUUUUUGUGUCAAAAGGAUGCUGCUAGGAAGAUCCAAAGUGCUUUCUGGUACUUCAAUUGUCGUACAGCCUUUCUUUCUCUCAAGAGUGCUGCUAUUGACAUUCAGCGGUUCAUCAGGGGAGAGAAUACUAGGAAGAGGCUUCUAGGAGCUUCUUGCUAUCGUAAGACAGCAAGAGAUAGCUUCCAGGGCUUUGAAUUGAAGAUAUUUCUGCAAUCAGUUUUGAAGUUACAAAGAUGGUGGAGGAAUGUUCUACUACUCAGAGUCAAAAUAAAGUCGGUAAUUGUUAUUCAAUCACAAUUUCGAGGAUGGAUUGCAAGACGAAUUGCUGCAAUAGAGAGACAGCGUAUUGUUGUAAUUCAGUCAUAUUGGAAAGGUUACCUUGCUAGGAAAGAUUCAAGAGCUCAAUUACUGGAUUUGAGGUUGAGAGUGCAACGAUCUGCUGCUAAUGUAGACGAUAGUUUGCGUUUAAUAAACAGACUUGUUGCAGCACUUACAGAACUUCUGAGUAUGAGAAGUGUCAGUGGUAUUCUGCAUACCUGUGCAACUUUGGAUAUGGCUACAAAACAUUCACAGAAAUGUUGUGAAGAACUUGUUGCUGUGGGUGCUGUAGGCACAUUAUUGAAGCUGAUCCGCUCUGUCAGCCGUAGCAUCCCAGAUCAACAAGUACUUAAACACGCACUCUCUACUCUAAGAAACCUUGCACGAUAUCCACAUCUCACCGAACUUGUAAUUGAGAAUCAGGGAUCAGUGGAAACAAUUCUGUGGGAGUUUCUACGGAACAAGGAGGAAGCAUAUUUCAUUGCAUCCGAGCUUUUAAAGAAAAUAUGUCAGAACCAGAGAGGUGUAGACGCCGUACACAAUUCACCAGGCCUUUUGAGGAGGUUACACAACCUUGUGGUAGAACUUGCAAGGAAGGCUGGAAAUGAUAAGAGUUACACUAGGAACUUGGUGGCAAAAGAGCAGGCAGAGAGAAGAUUAAGAGAGGCUGUUGAGCUCUUGGAGCUGAUUACAAAUUCGGGGACAUAG